AUGGAUCAGUUCGCCGCGCGCAUCGACGGCGUGCUGCAUCACCUCGAGGACCAGGGCGUCGGUGGACGACAAAUGCUGAAGAUCGCGCGCGCGUCGACGUACGCGCAGAUCGUGCUGGCGAUGAUGGGAUCGCUCGCGUUCGUCUACGGCACCGUGCACGCGUCGGCGCUCGCGCUGUCGCUGUACGCGGUGGUGGCGAUGGAGAUCAAGGCGCCGCGGUUGUUGAAAAUCUACGCCGUGCUGCUCGCGGCGCUGACGAUUACUGAUUUCUUUUGGUUGGCCACGUACGCGGGACCGAUCGGGAGCGGCACGACGGGGAUGACGGUGACGGUCGGACCGAACUCGGCGAACAUCGACUCGUCGCUGAUGUCGAUCAAGUGGGGACUGUUGGCGUCGAGCGUGAAUAACUUUUUUUGCCUGGUGCCGGAGCUGUUCGCGUUCUUCGUGCGCGUGGCGAGCGUGGCGCUGUGGGUGCUCAUGUGGAGCAAAGGCUUGCUCGAUGGGAACGACGGAAACGUGUAUAACGAUCCGAAUCUGUCGCACGGCGAUGGGUCGUCGAUGAAACACGAGCCGAUACCGGGGUCGCCGGCGAGGACCGCGCGCGCGGGCGGCGACUUGUUCACGGCGGACGGCGGAUAUCAAGACAGCGAGGGGUUGCUUUCGCGCGCGGUGUGA